CCUGGGAGCCGGCCCCUCCCUGUGCUGCGCCAGCCCCGCUUGCCCGACAGCUUAAAUCUGCCCUGCCUCAGCCCGGAGGACCGAGACCCGGUAUCGCAGCACCAUGAAGUCGGCUGGCAUCGUGCUCCUGGUGGCCCUGCUCUCACUGUGGGCCGAGCUGCCAGCUGCGUCCGGAGGAGACAGGUCGACCGUGGCGCCUGCUAAGGUUGGCUUCUGCUACAAGGUGGCCCCGGUGGGGGGCGUGUUUGAUGGGGAGAACUGUACUGCCUGCCUGGGGAACAACUCCUGCUCCAGCUGCUGCACCGACGCCGACUGCCCCGGCCGUGCCAAGUGCUGCCCGGACGAGUGUGGCUACACCUGCCAGAUGCCAGUGACAGAUCUCUGCCACCUGCCGUCGGUGUGCGGCUAUUGCAAGGCCAGGUUCCCGCGCUUCUUCUACAACUGGUCCAGCCAGGCCUGCGAGGAGUUUGUGUACGGCGGCUGUGGCGGCAACAAGAACAACUUUGAGACGAAGGAGGAAUGUCUGCAGGCCUGCAGGCAGCCUGGCACUGCCUAGCCCUGGUCGGCAUAGGGGAGCCGAAGAGGAAGCUGCCGUUCCGGGCUGGUGACCGUCUUUCUGGGCACAAUUCCUGUCCCUUUCUGCGGGAAACGACUCUCCCUGCCUGGGAAGCCCAGACCUUUGCUCCCCCGGACACUCUGCAGCAGGGUUUGGCUGGAGGUGGUUGCAUUGCCUCCCAGGUGCAGGGCCAGCUCCUGCAGCCCCCGAGCUGGCCCCAGCCCCAUUGCCCUUCUGUAGCCAUGGACAUGUGUGCUGCGUGUUAACGCUUAGCACAGAGCGCAGCGCCGGCAGGCAGGAGAGAGGGGCUAUCAGCCAAACGCCCCUUUUCCUGGGACCUCGCGGGGGUCUGCAGGGUUAAAUACAAGGACUGAUCCUUUUCAAACAGAAGUAGGUUGUGUCACUCCCGCCCUUGGGAGGGGAGGGAGCUGUGCACGCACCUCUGGCUGCAGUGAAGACUCUGCCACCGCUUCCCUACUGGAGGGGGCUGGGGGGGCACUUCGGACUCCAGGGCACAUCGGGUGUUGGGAGUACACAGCCCUAGUGUAUGGGCAGCAGGGUCCCCUGCCAAGGCCCCACCAUGAUCCCCUUCCUCCCCGCCUGCUGCUCUGCACCCUUCGCUACAGUGACUCUCGUGCCAGCACGUGCUUUCCUUGAAGCCCCAGCUCCUGGAGUCAUGGGAGCACAGGAAUCUCAGCUUCAUUUAAAACAAUGGUUGUGCAGAAAAGCCUGAAAUCGUAGCCGGGGCACGAGCAACAGCCCCAGCCGGCAAAGAAUGAGACCCAGCGCUUAGUACUUUGGACAGUCUCAUGAGUUUCUAGUUCUUUUGGCUGGCGACCCUGCCACUCUCCCGUCUCACCCUUCGUGUCAGAACCACCCAUUUUGAUCUGCUGGGCCUGCCCUGUUCAGACACCCACCCAGCUACAGGAAGAGGCAACGUGGUUAAGAUAAGGCACUGGGCUGGCAGCCAGGAGACUUGGGUUCAAAUCUCUGCACUGCGACUCUGGGCAGGUCUCUGUGCUUCUAUUUCCCUGCCACCCUUGUCUUGCCUGGGUGGGCGGAGGGUGAGCUCCCUGGGUCAGGGGCUGUCUCUUCUGUGUUUGCACAGCAUCUGGCCCAAGGGGCCUGAUCCCAGGGGGAGUGUUCGCCUUCCACUAUAAUAAAAAUAAACCAUCGUCACCCCGUCA